CCCGUCGCUGGAUGAGUCUCGUGCCACCGGAGCUCCUCUCAGACGUCAGCUCGUGCUCACCGGCAGGACGGAAGGGGAUAAUGGAGAAAAGACCCCCACCCGCCUGACGGUCAGGAUUAUUACUAAUAAACGGUGAUGAAUGGAGAAUAAGGGAGAGUGGGAAUCACGACUCCGCCCGUUUUCUACCGGAGAUUCACGGAGGACGGAGCCACACACCGAGGGCUUGAUAUCAACCCGACCGUGACCGACCUAUUAUCCACCGGUCUGACGUUUUCCCAUCGCCGGUGAUUAGACGGAGAGCCACACAAUCCCAAGGGUUUCUGACGACGAGCGUGUGUUUGACCGACCUGACAUCGAGAGCAGCCAUGUUCAGAAACAGCCUGAAGAUGCUGCUGGGGGGGAAAGGCCGCAAAAACAACAACAGCAGUGGUGGAAGUAGCAUGGAGUCAGACGGGUCAGAGGUCAGGAUGAUGGAGGGAUUCACACGUUCUCUCCCUUCUUCACCACUCCUCAAUCUUCGUCUGGGAAAAAGAGCCGGCGAGGCGGAGGAAUUAGGACCGCCUCCCUCGGUGGACGAGGCGGCUGAUGCUCUGAUGACGCGGCUGGGCUUCCUGCUGGGGGACAAGGUCGUCGGUGGGGAGGCGGAGUCACAUUACCACGCCCAGGAUGACGGACAGAGGAUCUCUCCGUCCUCCAGUCUGGCCAGUAGCAGCACCUCUCCCUGCUCCACUCUGCCGCCCCCUGCUGGAGGGGAGGGCAACAACAACAACAAGCACGCCUCCUCUUUCCACGCCUCCGUCACCUCGCCCUCCUCCACGCUGGAGAGCAGAGACAGCGGCAUCAUCGCCACGUUGACCAGCUACUCUGCUGAGUCUGCAGCAGAGCGGGAGGACGGCGCCAAAUACCCCGGGGAGGGUUACCAUGGCAGCAGCCUGAACCUGUGGCAGCAGGGGGGGCGGCCCGUGGUCUCCUCGAACUCCUCGUCCUGCAUGACGGCAGGAAGAGUGAACGACGGCUUCCUCUACCGGGCGGAGGAAAGCAUGUCCGCCUCCACCUACAGCCUCAACAAACUCCACCCGACCCGAGGCCCCGGCUCGUCGGGCUCCACCCACUCCAUCCCGCUCUACCUCAUGCCCCGCCCUAACUCAGUGGCCGCCACCUGUUCUGCUCACCUGGAGGAUCUAUCUUACCUGGAUGAGCAGCAGAGACACCUCCCUUCGAGGACGUCCCUCAGAAUGCCCAGACAGAACUCUGGGAGUCGUAGUCAACAGGACCAUCGAGUUCGUUUCACCCCCUCUCUCAACCUGAAGCCGCUCCACUUUGAGGUUCCCGGUCUCUCGUCCGAUUGGCUGUUCACGGGCAGGGAGUGGCUCUUCCAGGAAGUGGACGCUUGUCUCCGGAGCGAUGACCCGGUGUCCAGUCGGGGUGUGGUGAUCGUCGGAAACAUGGGCUUUGGGAAGACCGCCAUCAUCGCUCGUCUGGUGGCGCUCAGCUGCCACGGAAAACGAAUGUUUCCCACUGCCAGCGACCAAACGGCGGCGGCUAAGAGUGUGGAUGCCGUUUCUUUCUCCCAUGAUUCCUUGGGGAGAGGGGGAGGAGGGGAUGAAGGAGGAGGAGGAGGGAGCUGUCCAGGGACUCCAGAAUCGAGGAGGAGACAAGAGGAGUCGCUGAGGAGGCUCGCUGCACAGGUGGUCUCGUAUCACGUCUGUCAGGCCGAUAACUGUCACACCUGUCUGGUCCCCGAGUUUGUCUACAACAUGGCGGCGAUGCUGAGCGAGGCUCCUCAGCUGGCGGCGUUCAGAGAGCUGCUGCAUCAGUCUCCACAGCUGCAGAGCACGCUCAGUCUGCGCUCCUGCAUCCAGGAUCCACACGCUGCCCUGCAGAGAGGAAUACUGGAGCCGCUGGACGCUCUCUACAGAGAGAGGAAGUUGCACGUGGAGGGGGCGGGGCUUAUUGUACUGAUUGACGGACUGAACGAGGCGGAGUUCCACCGGCCGGACUACGGCGACACGCUGACGUCUUUCCUGACGCGAAAUGUUCAGAAAUUUCCUUCCUGGUUGAAGGUCAUUACGACCGUGAGGACCGGUCAACAGGACAUCACUGGGUCUUUACCUUUCCACCGCAUCUCUCUGGACACGAUGGAAGAGAACAACGCCAUAGACAAAGAUCUGCAGGGGUAUCUGAUGCAGCGUAUCCACAGCAGUGCAGAAAUCCAGAGCAACGUGUCGCUGAGCAACGGCCGCCUUGACAACAUGGCUCUGGCCAAACUCAUCAGCCACCUGAAGAGUCUGAGCAAAGGCUCAUACCUGUACCUGAAACUGACCCUGGACCUGAUAGAGAGAGGAUACCUGGUCCUGAAGAGCUCCAGCUUCAAGGUGGUUCCUGUGAGUCUAGCAGAAGUCUACCUGCUGCAGCUGAACAUCAGAUUUCCCACCCAGUCGUCUUUCCACAGAGUCCAGCCGCUGCUCAACGUCGCCGUGGCGUCACUGCAUCCUCUGACGGACCAGCAGAUGUUUGAGGUGGUGAACGCCGGCGCUCUCACAGGUGCCGCUCUGCCCUGGGGGGAGUUCGUGCAGCGUCUGGAUCAGCUGUCGUCCUUCCUGCUGCGGCGGAGCGACGGCACCUGGAUGAUAAAUCACGCCUCCUUCAGGGAGUGGCUGGUGUGGAGGGAGGACGGGCAGGAAGACAGGUUCCUCUGCGACCCCAGGAGCGGUCACACUCUGCUGGCCUUCUGGCUCUGCAGACAGGACGGGAAGCUGAACAAGCAGCAGACGCUGGAGCUCGGACAUCACAUCCUGAAGGCUCACAUCUACAAGGGUCUGAGUAAGAAGCUCGGGGUUUCCUCCUCAGUUCUGCAGGGGCUGUGGCUCUCCUACAGCACAGGGAGCCUGAGCUCGACUCUCUCGUCUCUCCGCAACCUCUACACCCCAAACAUCAAGGUGAGCAGGUUACUGAUUAUGGGCGGGGCUGAAGUGGACUUUCAUUGUGAUGUCCUCAAUAGCGCCCCCCUGCUGUGUGUGCACGCUCACCUGGGACACACUGACGCCGUGGUUCUGCUGCUCGACCACGGAGCUCAGGUGGGAGCUCAGUCACAUGACGGUAUAACAGCGCUGGGAUUCGCUGCAGCAGCCGGACAUCUGGAGAUCAUCAGCCUGCUGAGUCAGCGUGGUGCUAAGGUGGGUCAUGUCGACAGCUCGGGCCGAUGCGUGUUGGUGCACGCAGCGCAGCGUGGACACAUCGCGGUGCUGCGCUUCCUGCUGAAGGGUGCAGACUGGAGCUGCACUUCCUGCUGCGGCCAGAGGGGGGCGAGCAGGAGCCAGGCCGUGCAGCAGGCUCUGACUGCAGCAGCGAGCAAGGGCCACACAGAGAUGGUGUCAUACCUCCUGGAUCUGCCUGAGGAGGACGAUGAGGAAGAGGAGAGACCUGAGAUCAACACUCCUGAUAGUCUGUGGGGGGAGACAGCUCUGACAGCCGCAGCAGGAGGCGGCCGGCUGUCUCUCUGCAGGCUGUUGUUGGAUCAGGAGGCCGACAUGAAGCAGGUGAACAGGCGGGGCGUGAACCCGCUCUUCAGCGCUGUGAGAGGCGGACACUGGCAGGUGGUGGAGCUGCUGUUGAAUCACGGGCUGGAUGUGAACAUGGUCGACCAGCAAGGACGCACUGCUCUGAUGAUGGCAGCCUCAGAGGGACAUUUGACCACCGCAAAGCUGCUACUGGACCACGGAGCCUCUCUCGACCACGCCGACAGAGAAGGCUUGACGGCGCUGAGCUGGGCGUGUCUGAAAGGAAAGCUCCAGUUGGUCAGAGAGCUCGUGGAAAGAGGGGCCGCCACGACUCACGCCGAUCGGAGCGUUCGGACACCUCUCGAUCUCGCCGCGUUCUGCGGUGACCCGGACGUGGUGCAGUACCUGGUGGAUCACGGUGCUUCAGUGGAACAUAUGGACUGCAGCGGGAUGCGUCCUCUGGACCGAGCGGUCGGCUGCAGAAACACUUCAGCUGUCAUCGCUCUGCUCAGGAAGGGAGCCAAAAUAGGUCCUGCAACCUGGGCCAUGGCGACCUCUAAACCCGACAUCCUGAUGGUCCUUCUGAGCAAACUGAUGCAAGAGGGAGACAAACUGUACAAGCAAGGAAAAGUGAGGGAGGCGGCUCACUCGUAUCAGUCAGCUCUGCAGAAGUUUCCAGGAGACGAGUCAAAUGCAUUGAGACAGCUGAGGGUGUGUGUGCUGCUCAACCUGUCACGCUGCCAACGCAAGAUGAACGAUUUUGCCCUUGCCGAGGAGUUUGCUACAAAGGCCCUAGAGCUGAAAUCAAAAUCCUACGAGGCCUUUUACGCCAGAGCCAGAGCUAAACGCGGCCGCAGACAGUUCCAUGCCGCUCUGGAGGAUCUCAUCGAGGCCAGUCGUCUCUGCCCGUCAAACCGGGAGAUCCAGCGCCUGCUGUCCAGGGUUAAAGAAGAGUGUCGUCAGGCUGCACAACAACAAGACUCCGCUCCACCUCCAGCACAUCAUCACGUCUCUAAACCAAAUUUCGCCAUCAACGAUGUCAGGAGCAGAGAUUCAGGCUGUCUGCAGAUGCAGGACAGGGACGGACUUACUGAGGAAGAGGGGGAAGGGGAGGAAGAGGAUGAGGGGGGUUACAGAGAAGGUGAAGUUCCUCCUCUUUCCUCCUCCAUCUCCCCCACUCACCUGUAUCGUCACCAACCGAGCUCCAGCUACUCCCCCUCCUCCUCUUCACCCGCUCACCCUGCGCCUCCUCCUUCAUCCUCAUCCUAUCACCAUUUCAGCACCGCUCCUUCUUUGAUGCAGUACGAGGGGUCGACGUCGGAGAAUCUGCCAGGACAUGGAGGUUUCCACCACUACCCGCAGUCCAUUUCGUCCCACCACCACUCUGAUCUGAACCCCGGGCUGCAGCAGCACCACCAACAUCUGUCCAAUCUUAGAACCUUCCAAAACCAGAACCCCGGUCAAAGUCAGUGGCUCCAACCAGCGAAAGUCCAGGUCGUCAGAACCAAUCAGCCCAGUUCCUCAGCCCACUCCAGUACCAUUUUGGGAAGUUCCGCCUACUCCCAGUUUAGCCAAUUUCCUCAAGAGUUUCCAAAGCUAGGGGAGGGAAUUUGUCCAGCUAAUCCAGAUUUCAGGCCGAGCAUGCAGGUCCAGGCUAGUCUGAACUCUGGAGCUCCAUUUCCACCAGACAGCGUGGAUGUUGACUUUGUUUGCCAGACCAGACCUGUGCCGGCUUACGUUAGAGAUGGAGGAGGGGACAAGGGGGCGAUCAAUCGCUUCGUCCAGGCCCAUCAGUUCAGCCGAUCAAAAGCAGCUUAUUACCCCAUUGAAGCUACAGAGGCGACAUCAGAGCCUCCUGAGAACCUUUUGUCAUCUCAUGAUUAUCAGUUCUUUCACCAGGGAGGACUUAGACACCCGGUCAGUACCCACCACAUCCCCCCUCCUGCUCCUCCCCCAAAGCCUCUGGUCCACUCGCAGAGUACCAGCGUCCGCUACUCCUCUAGCGGCGUCAACCCGGCUGGUGCGCUGCAGCUCACCACUCCUGGCCAGGGCUUUAGGACUUCAGCCUCCUCCCAGCAUAUGGACUUACCUUCAGAUCUGGGCUCUGCGGGGGGGUUUACCGGUUACCAUGACGACCUCUUUCUGGUCUCCUCUCCCCAGUCAGAAAUGGGAAUAGGAGGCGGGACUUACCCUGGAGAGGCCGGACGCUCGUCUAGGAACACUCCUUUUAUGGGCAUUGUUGACAGAACUGCACGGGUCCACCAGCAGUUUCCACAACAACCUCCUUCCGGUUCUCCUUCGUCUUGUCUCAGCCCGUCUCGUUCCUGGGCCGUGUCUUCAGUGGACACUGUGGUAAGCUCGCCCAGCAAAACCCCCGCCAACCAAGGAGGCCUGUGUAAACCCCAGCCGUCCUCCAUCGCCUACUACAACCGCAGCAACAACAAUGCCCACAAUGGUCACCUCCUUUAUGACAACCAGCCGGACUACCACGAGAUGCAGCCAGGAGGCGGUCAGGUUGCCAGACAGAAUCCUUCCUACCUGGAUGUGAAGUUGGCUAGAACUCUGCCGGUGAUCCAUGGUUGCUCAGACAGAAAGAAAGGCCCUACCUCCCCUGUCAAACCAAAAAGACCCUUUGUAGAAUCCAAUGUAUAAGGAUUGAUUGUCAUGGACAACGGGAGGAAAGGGAUAAACAAAGAACGUCUAGAGAUGGGUGCACUCAAAUUCCAUGAUCUCCAGGCCUGUCAAAUUACACUUGAAACACAAGAGUACCAAUGACUUGUAGCCCGUAGAGCGAGUGGUUUGUGCAACUGGUGGAUCAUAUGACGUAGCAGUAAGACUGGUGGUUUUUCAACUUCUUGUUGGUACACCUGUACUGUUAGUUUUAUGAAUGGUAGUUCAUACAACUGGUACAGCAGUUCGUACAAUUGGGAGUUUGUACGUUGGGGAGUUUGUACGACAUGUAGCUUGUAGUAUGUGUCAGUCAAAUGAAGUUCAAAGGUGAUGGGCACAAUAAUUGUUGGGGAAUGGGGAUAACAGCACAUACCAUAGGCUCCUCCUUGAAGGCAUUCUGAUCACAGGGCUGUACAUGGCUAUAAGCUCCUGUGUCUUCACAUGGAAAGAAAAAGAGAGACUGUUUUACUUGCCAAAUGCUCCCAAAGGUGGGCUUGGUUGCCAUGUCAUCAGAUUGUAGACAAACAUUUCAUCAGAAGCAUAAAUCACCCUUCGGUGCUUAGAGGACAUGAAUGAAAGCACAAGUUGAACAUAGACGUUGUAUAGGAGGCAUAUCACCUUUUAUUGUCCGUUAACUAGUAAGAGACACAGAAAAGAAGCAAAGAGGACGAGAAUAAGGGAAUACAUACAUGAGACAACUUACAAAACAAAAUGAAGAGUAUAAAGAUGUCAAGGAAAUCAGAAGUAAACACAAAAGAAGACUCCAUCUCUGGCUUACAGUGCAUUUAAAUGUUGAAGUCUGUGAAUGUUUAUGAAGAUUUUCAUUUCAAGUUUAAAGUGCUAAAAAUUAAACAAUGACUAGAAACUUGUAUACAGUUACUGCAAGAUCCAGUCUCCAAGACUUGUGCUGGUCGGUGACCUGGUCCCCAAGCCAUAGUUUGAAAAACUAGGAUGUCAUUGAAAAAGCACUGACUUGCUGUAUAUACAAAAACAUGUGAUAUUUAUCUUUGUAAAGUAUAUCUGUAUUAAACUGUAUAAAUUGGG